CUUGGAGGCAGCAGGAGAAAUGAUGGAAGUUUGAUCCUGUAAGCAGUGAACUUGUUCAUUUAAAACGUAGCAUGAUCGGCAGAACGGAGAGAGUGCAACUUUAAGGAAAAUAAGCAAGAGAUAUGGUGGACAAAAUACACAGGGUUGACUUUUCCAAGAAACAUUUUGGGACGACAGCAAGUGGUUUCUGUGGUGAUCUAUUGGAUGCAGAGGAGCAAGAUGAGCAGGCUGAGCAGCGCUCUUGUCUUAUUUGCGGAGACCGCGCCACAGGACUGCACUAUGGCAUUAUUUCCUGCGAGGGCUGCAAGGGCUUCUUCAAGCGCAGUAUCUGCAACAAGCGCAUCUACCGCUGCAGCCGCGACAAGAACUGCGAGAUGUCACGCAAACAGCGCAACCGCUGCCAGUACUGCAGGCUGCUCAAGUGCCUGCAGAUGGGAAUGAACCGCAAAGCGAUCAGAGAAGAUGGCAUGCCGGGAGGCAGGAACAAAAGCAUCGGUCCUGUACAGAUUUCAGAUGAGGAGAUUGAACGGAUUAUGUCCGGACAGGAGUUUAAGGAUGAUGCCAACAUGCCGGAACACACUUGGGCAAACAACGGUGACAGUGACCACAGUUCCCCUGGCAACGGCGUUUCCGAUGGGAAUCAGCCAUCUCCUGUAUCCACACUUUCAUCCAAUCGUUCUGUGGAGCUGAAUGGCUACACCACUGCUUUGAGGGAACAGUACAUUGGCAACGCAAUGGGCCAGCACUACCAGUUCCUGCCUCACUUGUUUGGAUACGCCACCCAGCCACGGAGUCUGUACCCCCAGAGUCAUACCCUCAUCAGCCAGCUGGUGGCAGCAGAGGAACUGGCCCCACUGGGCACACCCAUGCUCAUUGAGGACGGGUAUCGGGUCACUCAGGUGGAGCUGUUUGCGCUAUUGUGUCGGCUGGCGGAUGAACUUCUCUUCAGACAGAUCUCCUGGAUCAAGAAGCUUCCUUUCUUCUGCGAGCUGUCCAUCGAGGACUACACGCGGCUCCUGAGCGCCACCUGGCAGGAGCUCAUCCUGCUGGCCUGCCUGACGGUCUACAGCGCCCAGGUGCUGGGCGACCUCGCCAGUGUCACUGACAAAUACACCCCGUCAGAAGACGAGCUGCAGAGUUUCAGUGAGGAUGGGAUGGAGGUGAUGGAGAAGCUGAUCUAUCUGUUCCGUAAGUUCCAUCAGAUGAAGGUCAGCAAUGAGGAAUAUGCCUGCAUGAAGGCCAUCAAUUUCCUUAACCAGGAUAUCCGCGGUCUGACCAAUGUGACCCAGUUGGAGCAGUUGAACAAACGUUAUUGGUACGUUUGUCAGGAUUACACUGAGUACAAGUACCCUCACCAGCCCAAACGCUUUCCCGAGAUCAUGAUGUGUCUGCCAGAAAUCCGCUGCAUUGCAGGGAAGUUGGUCAACAUCCCUUUGGAGCAGCUCCCCCUGCUGUUUAAGGCAGUAUUGCACUCCUGUAAGUCAAGUCUGAACAACUACAGGACAGGCUCCUCCCCCUGUGUGACAAAGGGUACCGCCCCUGCCAACUAGCUCCGCCUCCCUUGAAAACACCCUCCCCAUCUAUUGCACGGGGGCAGGGUGUUAUUCGGGGGUGGGACUCCCGGUACCCUCCUCUUUCUCCUCUCAUGAAUGUGACAAGAAACUAUUUUACGCAUUUUGUUUAGAUUAGUGUUGUUUUUUCUCUCUAUUUAUUACCAGACAGAGCUGAAUGUAUGUUGAUCCACACUGUGCACAUGCUCCUUUUCAAAUGAAAGUGCACAAAAAGCGCAGUGGAAUUCACACGCUUCAGUCCAACUGCGAUAUGUGACGUGGAACCACUGAUCGGAUUAGAUCUACUGCAUGGUUUUAUUUUAUACUUCUGUUCACUUUCUGCUGAUAGGGACAGAUAUGUAUGAAAGGAAUUGUUUUAUUGAAAGACUACCUCAAGAAGAAAGCAUUUCACGUGCUCCCUCUUUGUUUUGUGGCCAUUAACGUCGACACUAUAUCUUGAGUUUGAGAACGUCUUGUCAUUUCUUACGCAUUUGCGGUGAGCUGCAUUUCUCAAACACACGCUUGGUAGUCACGUAACCUCUUAACACACGGGUUUUUAUCUUACCAUACAAGGCCGGGAUGGAGAGCGUGAUUGUUUACACAAAAUAGAGGUGUACGGGUAUGUUUCACAAUCAUAGGCUGGGGACAAAACGACAACAGAAUGUGUCUGUUAAUAUUGAUUUUGUUAUUGAUUUUUUUUUUUGACCAAAGUGUUAUGCAAAUUUGGAGGGAAGUUAUCCCUGCUCUGCUCACCCUUGUUAAAAACACUUCUACGGAGAAUAGCCAUUUCGGUCAUCAAACUACACACUCCACACGGUUUGCAAUCAUUCUGGCAGUGAAAUGUGGUCUACUGGC